AUGAACAACGACUCUAACAAGCUUGUGUACACGGCCCUCGGUGCAGCAGCAGCCGGUGCUGCCCUUGCAAUUGGUAUUAUGAAAUUGACUGGAGACGGCAAAAAAGAUGGACAUGAUCAGAACAGAGGACCAUACAACACUCCUCUUGUUUUCAUGAACGAUGCAUCUGAAUCAGGCGACGUACUUUUGAGUCGUCGGGAAAGUGAAGCUAGUCUGCUCCUCCCUCAUAAUCACGAAGAGAAAAUGCGUCGACGUGUAGCAACUCGGUAUUCAAUUGAAGAAGAGAACAAUACUCCUCGUGACUCGGUAACUGUUCGAGUACCAGCAACAUCUGCUAAUGUUGGGCCCGGAUAUGACUGCAUAGGAAUUGCCGUAGAUCUGUGGUCGGAGGUGACUGUCUCGCGUUCUGACACUUUCGAGAUCACUGCAGAAGGCGAAGGAGCGGAUGAUAUGCCUCGUGACGAGUCGAAUUACCUUGUAGUUGGGUGUAGAGCUGCGUUUGACGCUGCUUGUAAACCUCUUCCUACCUUGAAGUAUCAUGUCGUGUCUCGCAUUCCAUACGCAAGAGGACUUGGAAGUUCUUCUGCUGCCAUUGUGGCUGGAAUUGUUGCUGGCUUGGUUCUUGCCGGACAUCGGCUGCCAUGCUGGGGAUCUGAAGCACUAUUGCAAAUUGCUGCUGGUAUAGAGGGCCACCCUGACAAUGUGGCACCAGUUAUUUAUGGUGGUAUUCAAUUGGGCAUUUAUAACGGAACUAGAUGGGCCACGGAAAGGGUACCCUGUCCCUCUGGGAUUCAAAUGGUAAUGUUUAUCCCUGACUUUGUGGGAAAGACUUCGGAUGCUCGCGGGGUAUUGCAAAACACCAUCACGAGAGAAGAAGCUGCUUUUAACAUUGGAAGAGCUGCCUGGCUUGUCCAUGCAUUCUGCACUAACAACUUGGACAACCUGAGAUGGGGCGUCCAGGACAGAAUGCAUCAGCCGCAGAGGGGGGCAAAGUUGUACAAGUAUCUAUAUCCAAUGAUGGCCGCUGCUGAAAGCGCUGGCGCUUGCUGUUCCUACUUGAGUGGUGCGGGACCCACUGUGAUGGCUCUUACUAGUGGUGCCAGUGGUGAUAUCUUUGCACAAAGAGAGAAGGAGCGAACGGACAUUCACGUCGCUAGAGCAAUGAUGAAGGUUGCCAAGGACCAUGGGAUCGAAGGCAAACUUCUUGUUACCAACGUUGUGACAGAAGGUGCUAGAGUUGUGAAGGUUGUGCCACCCUUUAGCACAGGUGGAAUCACGUAUCGUGACAACAUCUAA